CAAGCAGUCCAAGGAGCUCUGCGAUUGAGAUUGAGAUUGAGAUUGAGAUUGAGAUUGAGAUUGAGAUUGAGGUUAGCUAUAAAUUCCUUUCAAAGAUUGUUUCUUUACAAUUCAUUUCUGUUGUGUUCGAUUCUCGAAUGCUAAUCCAAAAACUACAUUUGUUAGCCUUUUCAUUCUUCCCUUAGAUAGAUAGAUAAUUUUGGGAGAUUUAUUCCAAAUUUUGGUUGAACAUUAUCACACUCCCCAUUCACCAAAAUUUAACAAUUAGCCCCUCAAUUCAUCCUUAAUUCAUUCGACUAUACUGUGACAAAACCUUCAUAUCAACACAAAUUCAAGCUAUGUUAUUCCACAGUAGUCACAGCAUAUCUUCUUAUUAUAGAAACUCAACUGCAAUUAGGGUUUGGGUUACCUUCACAGCCUCAAUAUCUAGCCUCAAAGUAGUUUGGCGUAAAGAUCAAAAGCUAGACCAAGCAAUCAAUAACGAUAAAUCAUGGAGACUAUGUGCCAAAGUUGUUAAAGAAGUCUUAAACGAACCCGGUCAAGUCAUCCCUCUUCGCUAUUUGGAAAAGCGUCGUGAACGGUUACGACUUCCGGUUAAAAUCGACACUUUUUUGGCACAAAACCCUUUGCUUUUCGAUGUGUAUUAUGACCGAAUUAAGCCCAAGACUGAGCCCGUUAAGUUUUUACGCGUCAGUGAUCGACUUCAACGCGUUUUGGAUCGAAAUGAACGGGUUUAUGCAGAAAACGAGCCCUUGAUUGUUGCUAAGCUGUGUAAGUUGUUGAUGAUGUCGAAAGAUAAUGUGGUUAGCGCGGAUAAGUUGGUUCAUGUGAAGAGGGAGUUCGGGUUUCCGAAUGAUGUUCUCGUGAAUUUGGUACCCAAGUAUCCGGAAUAUUUUAAAUUAGUUGGGGGUCCUGGAGACGGAAAUUCGUUUUUGCAGUUGGUUUCUUGGGACCCGAGAUUUGCGAAAUCUGUUAUUGAGCAAAGGGCUGAUGAGGAAUUGGAGUUAACGGGUAUAAAGAUCAGGCCGUCUUUCAACUGGAAGCUGCCCUCGGGUUUUUUAAUCAGGAAAGAAAUGCGAGAAUGGAUUAGAGAUUGGAAGGAACGUCCGUACAUAUCACCGUAUGACGAUGCGUCAAAUUUGAAUCAAGCGUCUCUAGAAAUGGAGAAGAGAACGGUGGGAGUUUUUCACGAGUUACUAUCGUUAUCUUUGUAUAAAAGAAUUCCAGUGCCGAUAAUGGGCAAGUUUACUGAAGAGUAUAGGUUUUCAAACGCGUUUUCGAGUGUGUUUACACGGCAUUCGGGGAUCUUUUAUAUGUCAUUAAAAGGUGGGAUCAAAACAGCAAUGCUGCGAGAAGCUUAUAAGGGUGAUCAGUUGAUUGACCGAGAUCCGCUACUGGAAAUUAAUGAUAAUUUUAUUGAAUUAUUGGCUGAAGGACACAAGCAGAGGGAAGAAGAACUGAAUCUAAAAAAACAAGCGGUUAAAAAGGAUACGGAUAUGGAUACGGUGUCAGUGACAAACAGUACACUAAAUGAUCUUGAUCUUAGUGAAAGUGAAGAGCUUUAUAGCUCUUGAAGUUUCUCUGUUGACAGCAAUGGAAUUAUGUUACCUGCUUCCGGUUCUAUCCUUUCUGUGGCUCUCAAUCUGUGAGUCUCUUCCUUCUUUACAAAUGAAUGUGUUUGAAUAUGUUAGUUGCAAAUUUGCAGAAUCGUUACCGAUUAAAUGAAAAGACUGCAACAUUGUCGAAUGGUUAUCAUAUUGGACACAUUUGAGUCGAAGUAUCAUAUUGUCGUCUUUUAGGUAGAAGCAACCUAUGCAGUUAUAGCGGUCCAAAAUCGAAUAGCGGUCAAGGUCCGCUAUAUGACAUAUAGGUUAUAGCAGUGGUAUAGCGGUAAUUUUGAACGGGUUCUGUAGGGUUAGUGAACAACAACACUGAACAUCAUCAAUUCAUCACUCAUCAGCGACGCCCCAAUCUCCACGUUCUCCGCCGUCUCCUCCGCCACAAACCCCCCACCGGUACCGAUUUGUUAUCAAGAAUCGUGAAGUGAAAUUGAAGAAUCGUGAUUUGUUGAAAAACGGUUAUAUUGUUAUCAAGAAUCGUGCUUGCAAGCUGGUGCAGAACACAUGACGAUCAAACGAUUACGUCAAAAAGAAACAGAAACAGAAACAGUGGUGGACAGUCUGCCGGAAUCCCUAAAGCUUCACAUUCUAUCUUUUCUUGACACCAGACACGCCGUUGAAACAUCCGUGUUAUCGAAAUCAUGGGUUUCUUCAUGGUCCUGCGUUCCCGUUCUCAAUUUCAGCUCCGAUAGUUUUCAAAAAGUCCAUCCUUUUGAUAAGUAUCUUCGCGUUAAGCCUUUACACCGUCCUCCACCAUCACUCCAUGCUUUUGAUAACUUUGUCGUUAAUGCUUUAUCCCGUCAACCGGUGAAGUUGGAUAGACUAACCUUCAAACAUGCUGGAAGUUGCAAUACCGAGAUUUUAAAACAGGUUUUUGAUUACGCGUUAUUGCACGGUGUCCAAGAAUUGGAAGCAAGCGUCGCACGUACUAUAGAUGCACACAAGUACUGGAUCUGGCCGAUCUCGUCAUCGGAUUCAUUAACAAGCUUGACGUUACAUAGCAAAUAUGAUGUGAGUUGCUCAUUUUUGGGACCAAGAUCUUCAGGAUCAUUCAAAAGGGGGUGGCGGCGCAACUUGUUGCCCGACUACCUGCCAUUGCUUUGUAAUUGCCCUUUUUUCGUGUGGAAUGAUAUGGUUUUGCUGAUUCAAGAAUCUCACCAAUUUACAUCUGACUUGGGUAAUUAUCAGAGAUCUUGAUCCGUUCUCAGGGUUUCCGGCGCUAGACAAGUUAAGAUUGGUCCAUUGUCAUCUUGCAACAAAUGGCGAAACUUUGAAUGUACAUGCCCUGCAACUUUCAGAGCUCACUCUCUUUACCUACAGUACGAAUAUGGGUCCCUGUGAAUUCACGACUCCGAAACUUAGAUAUUUCCAGUAGAGAGGGAAUAGUAUCCCACGCUUGAAAGCACAUCUUCCUCUUCUUGACACGGUGGUCAAUUAUGAUAGUCAUUACUUCAAAAGCAAAGAGAAGAUAAUCUUUGAUAAUCUGCUGAUGAUGUUCGAUACUUUACAAGCUGCCAAAUCGCUUACGGUUUC